AUGGCGGCGCCCUUACUUCAGCGUGGGGAAAAUGGUUUGAUCAAGCAAGAGCAGAAGAUGCCAGCGAGCUUUUUUCCGAUUGUCAUCGGUAUUUCAAUGACCAUGGGGCAAGUGUUGGCCUGGCCCAUCUAUUUGCUUGGAGACAGAGAGGCCUAUGACAAGAAGAUCGACAUUCUGGCAUCGCUGAACCUGGGUUGGCUGUACUUAGCCCUCUUUGUGGUUUACUACACCAAGCAGAUCGUGUCCCAGCACGCGUCUUUCGUACGAAACCAUGCCAACGUCUCCUUGCCAAAUCACACAGUGCACAAGGUCUUUGUCCCUCAAGGACAAAAGCAACUUCCCUACGUCCUACUCGAGGAGGAGGGUCCGGUGGGCACGGCGAAUCGCGCCCAGCGAGGAUUCGAGAAUCUCAUGGAGUACCUGCCCAUGUACUUGGCCUACCUUUGCGCUGUUGGCUUUGUGUAUCCAUUUCCAGUCUUCAUGAAUGCCUGUGUGUUCUUCCUCGCUCGGGCGAAGUAUGCCUUCGACUACACUGCCUCCACGGACGCACGCACUGCUGGCUUCGCGGUCUUUGGCAUGGCCCAGGCGUGCCUGGAAGGCUUGUUGCUGAUCGCUGGAGUGAAAGCUGUGAUGCGUCACAAGGACCUCAAGUUGGGAGACAAACUCCGUUUUUCGGUGAAGGUGAAGAAGAACAAGGCAGAGGCGGUGAAGUUAGAACUCAUCUCUGCGCCUGAUGAAGACGAAGAGGUCUCAGGUCCUGACAUGCUUGGGAGCAUCAAAUCCUUUGAUGAGAGCUCAGGCUACGGAUUCAUCCGAAGCGCUCAAGCGAUGGAGGCCUACAGUCGAGACGUUUUUCUUCACCGGAAGCAGCUGAGACAUUUCAAAGUGGGAGACACCGUGCAGUUCAAGGUGAAGCUGAGCCGCGAUGGCCUUCCACAGGCACUGAAGCUCAGAGAAACAGAUCAAGUACUUCCUCCUUUCGAGCCGCAUCCUACAGAGGAGUCCAAGGUUCCGGAGAAAGAGACCUUCCUGGGUGAGAUCAAGUCCUUCAGUCCAAUCAAUGGAUUUGGCUUCAUCCAGAACAGCAUCUUAAGGGAGAAGUAUGGCAGGGACGUGUUCCUGCAUGAGUCUCAGUUUGAAGGUCUGAAGAUUGGAGAUAGUGUGCGCUUUGUGCUUCAGAUCAAGGAUGGAAAGCCGCAGGCUUUAGAGGUCAAGCGGGUGUCCAAGAAGAGCCUCACCAGCCCAUUGAUGGCGAGCGUUCCCGCGCCAGAGGUCCCUGCGAUAGAAAGCGAGGAGCCGUCUCCUGUGGACCCUGCCGUGCUUGAGAAGCUGAAUCGAAAGCUCUUGAGAGCCUGCGCCUCGGAACGGCCGAACAGCCUCCAGGAGCUCCGGGACAGCUUGGAGACGGGCGCGGAGGUGAAUGCCCGAGAUGUCACUGGGCAGACCGCCAUCAUGGUGUGUGCCCUCAACAUGCGGGGAGCUGACAGGAAAUGCAAGCUGCUCAUCGAGCAUCGUGCAGACGUUCUGUUGCCCUCUGACCAGCAGGGGUCACAGACAACUCUGCAAUGGGUGAAAGAGCGCAUCAAUCCGAGCUUCGCCGAGUACCUUGAGGCCCUCUCCAAGGGCGAGGCUGCAAGCUUGGCCGGAAACCCCAGGUCGCCAUCCGAAGCCGUCCUUGCCAUGGAAGGGGAUGAGACCAUUCCAGAUCAACUGGCGGCCUGUGAGGGCAUUGAGUUGGGCGCCGGAAGCUUCAGCUUCGUCUUUCGAUGCCAAGUUCAUGGGAUUGAAGGCCAUGUGGCGGUGAAGGUCUUGAAACAGAAGGAGAUGUGUUCGGCCGCUGGGAGUGAGGAUCUUUUGCCAGGGCGUGGUCGUGAAUCUCAAUUCAUCCAAGACUUACGACAUCCCAACUUGGUGAACGUGCUGGCCAUCGUGCAAGACGAGCACUAUGUGGUCUUGGAACUGUGCACUGGUGGGAACCUGCAGGACGUCAUUCACAAGGAGGACAGCCCAUGGGAGUCCGUGCCAAGCGUUUAUCGCCUGCGCGGUGGGUAUGACAUUUUGUUGGCCUUGGAUUAUAUUCAUCAGCAGGAGGGCGAAGCGCUGCCCACCGUUUGGGCCUCAGGGAAACUGGCGACUGUAGACGUGGAGAGUGGUGUCGGCGUGGCCGAGAUGGAACACAAGCAUGCUUGCUCACGGAAGAUGCGAAAGAUCAUUUUGGAUGACGUUCAGGUCAAAGUCGGCGACAUGGGCUUCGCCCGGCCCUUGAGCGAUUACGAUGCGAUGACGCAGGGGGUCGGGACCUUGCGCUAUAUGGCACCAGAGGUUCUGAACUCGGGUGAGUACAAUGUGACGGCAGACAUGUUCUCCUUCAGUAUUUUGCUGCAUGAGCUAAUGUCAGGACAGGGACCUGCCGAUCUGGCACCGCCUUGUGAAGAGCAGAUUGGAGUGGUCUGGGCCCUCAUGGAGGCUUGGGCAGCGAGCCGAGAUCGUUCCUGGCUUGUUGGCAAGAAGAUGCUGAUGAGAGGACACUGGGAGCUUUCGGAGACGUCAAAAGUCCGACAAUGGAACCGAGAAAUGGUCGACUUGAGCCCUCAGUUGAGAUAUCUUGAGUUUUUGGAGGUCCUGGAAAGGGCCAAUGACCAGGUCUUCGGCUUUUGGUUGCUGGAGGAAGCGGAGAAGGCCCGCAGCGAUGCGAAGAAGCCGCGGAUUGGACCACUGGAGGAGAGCCAUGCCCUCUCCUCGGUCCGCGCCUUCCUCGCGCAGAACGCGGUCGACUGCGGGGCCAGCAGGGCCAGCGGCCCGUCAUGCGAUCCGGAGAUCGUGGCCGUGCCUGAUGUGCCGGAAGUGUUGAUUCCUCCGGCGAACUCUGGCUCGGAUGAUGAGGAAGAGGAGGAGGUGAAGGAGGACUUGGCGGUCCAGAUGGACGUCGGCCUCGGAGUGAUGGAGGUGCUGGGCUCGACAGCGCCGCUGGAGCAGCGCGGUGUCCCUGAAGCACAUGGUCAUCUCCAGGAACCAGAAGAGCCUUUGGUACAGGAGACCUUCCUGCACCCAGAUGUGAGGGCGCAAAGCGAUGUGCACGCAGCGAUGCAGCUCCCGCAGUGCGAAGCGGUCUUUGUGCGGGACGAGUUCGGGCGGAGUGGCGGAGUGAGUGGGGAGCAGAAGGGAGCCGCCACCCGACGAAAGCGCAUGGGUACUGUUGAGAGCCGAAGCGUGGGGGAGGAGUCCGAGCCGGUGAGCGAUGGGGUCUUGUUGUCGCAGUUGAUUCAAUUGCUUCAUCGGCGGCCCAAGUUGGGCCUCCCAGGUCAGACACAGGCGCAGAGCCUUCCUUUAGCUGAUCUGAAAGCGCUGUUGCCUAACUCCUUGAGUCUCUUCGAAGUGGUUGGAGAGAUCAACAAGGAGACUGUGGUGCUCAACAUCAGUUCCUCGAGCGAUCGACCACUGCAGGUGGAUUCGCCGAACAGUUCUGAGCCACAGCAAGAGCCGGAUCCAGCUUUGAACCGUGAUGGGCGACCCUCUGGCUUUGCCCGCGUGCUCUUCGAGUCCCAAGAGUCCGCUCGCUUGGCGCGGGAUGAGUUGCAUCUCCGCGGCAUGGAGGACCGAUACGUCGAGGUCUUCCUCUAUCCCGAGCGGCCGAGCAAGGGCCGCAACCGACGAUUGGAGGAGGGCGAAAAGCCGGCCAUGGCCGAAGCCAAUGGAAUGACCUUGGACACCGUGGUACCUUGGAGAAGCCGCGCUGAAAGCGACAGUGAAGAAGACAUUGGAGGGAUGGAUGAUGGAGCACGACCAACCUGUGGGACGCAUGGGAAGCGGAGGGUCAACGGUGUGAAUGAGUGCCGCGCGGAGAUGGCCAAGAAGAUGCUGCUCAGCAUGCUUGGAGUGAAUCUGUCUGCAGGUCAGACGCAUCAGGCGGUCUCUGAGAACAAGAAGAGGAAGUUCGUUUGUCGAUUGUGUGGCGCCAAUCAGUCUGUCCAGCAUGUGAUCGCUCGAGGAGCGGCCGGAAAAGAAUUGCGCCUGAUCGUGCAGGAGUUGAACUAUACCAAGGGGAAAGAGGCGGAAGCAAAACGCCUCGCUGGCCUCGCUGAACAGGAAAUGGUGUCGGAGCCGAUCAUGGCUCCUCAGGCUGAGUCAUUGCCGCCUUUAGUGGCAGCCAGGCCAGCCUCAGAGGAACCCCAAAGAUGGGCUCAAUUCCUGCCUGCCGCUAGCGCUGAUGUUCUACCUCCCAUUGCCGAGGCGAUUGAAGCAGAGGGUUUUACCACAAACUUUGGAGCUGGCUGGACUCUGGGAGCUAGAAAGCGGAAACCACGUGCGGCCGAGGGAACCACGAACUCCAAGCAGCUGAAGCGAGAGGCUCGAGCUGAGGAGGAAUUGCCGCAACAGGAGAACCAUUGGCGUCCUGCCGAGGCGACCGAGGCCUGCGCGACGUCCGUCGCGCUGCCACCGGCGACGCCUGCGACGCCGGCGGCGCCUGCGGCGCCUGCGGCCGCGCGGGCGGUGGCGAUGUGCGGGGCGCAGCCUGCGGCGGUGCCUGUGAAUGGUAGCAGCCGGUGGGCUCGGUUCUUGGGGAGCUGA